GAAAUAAAAGCCUAUACAAGCUCUAACGGACUUUCUCUGUGUUCUUACCUUUUCUUUUAUUUAAUAUCUAUUCUCUCUUCUUCUCACAACAACAGUCGUUGGAUACGCCAGAAAGUCUUCAGGUCAGCAACAUCAGAAAGUGAGAGUGGGUUUGAUUCAAAAAAUGGUCAACAGAUUGUAUGACGCGUUGCUUGUGGAUAAAGUAUUUGUCACUGUGUCAUCGCGGGCAAAUGAUACUAUUACAUCCCGCGACACGAAUGAAAAAAAUGCCCAAUUGACGCUUUUGAGCCAAGUGCAUGGAAACACGCAAGGUAAUGAAUGUAGAACACUUAACUCUAAUCAAAGCACUCACAGUAUCAUAUAGAUCUAUUGGAAUAUAUUUGCACAUCAGAAAACAACUGUCUAGUAGCGAUUGAUUUCGCCGGUCUGUCAACCAAUACCAGUGAUUUAUAUGAUUUCAUUGUGGCUCAUGGUUCCAUCAAAAAAAUAAUCAUUGACCUCUCUGCGUCUACUGGGCUCAUGAAGUAUUAUAACCGAGAC